GGUGAUUAUCAAAUGUUGACAGGGUUCGUAGCCACGGCUGACAUGAUUUUCACCGAUAGCUUCUACUUCCUUGAUAUUCUCUGCUGAUCAUCUCAGUUCUGAGGAAGCCUCGGGCUCACAAACCUCAUCUUACCAAGGUCUUGUCCAACUCUACGAGAACUCGGCGUUGGAGCAGCGAUCUCGUACAUAUCCACCAAGUGAACGUAUUUGUAGUAUACGCCAUCCCAUCGCCAGACAUCAAUCAUGAUGGGCACCCACGAACCCGUUGAGCCCUCCAGCUCCAGACCCAAGUUGACACAGGCGCAGACCAGCAACCCAACAAGAUCCGGGGGCAAAUACGUCCUGAUCCCCCUCUUACUAGCCCUCAGCGCCUUCGGCUUCUACACCACCGUAAUCAGCAUGACGACCAACGGCCUAGUCGAUGUGCUCCACGCCGUCGCAUCCGGGGAGCAGUCCUCGCUCGUCGGCGCGCCCGAGCCAUUCAAGCGCGUCUACACCGGCAUCGCGCUGCUAGACGGCCACUUAGCCCUGUUGGUCGGCUUCUUCUCGCCGUUCGUCGACGGCGCCGUCCCGGGGGAGGCGACACUCUUUUACUUCUGGGCCAUGGCGCAAUUCCUCGCGAGCUGGACCGUCGUCACGCUCGAGGGUGUGCGGGUGGGGAACCGUAGCGGGUUCAGUAGCUGGACCGCAACUUUUGGGAUCUUGGUGCAGAAUUUGGCAUGGGCGACGACGUUACCUGUUUGGCUCGCGGUACAUUUGCUCACGAGCCCCGUGGCGCAAUUACCCAAGGGUGACGGAAACGCCGCGCGAAAGGCGCUGUCUGCGUACCUGUGGGACAUGGCGCUGCUGCCGUCGGCGGUGAUGCUCGGUGCUAUCGCGCCCGCGCUGCUCAUGAGUUGGCCGACACUGUUGGGGCAAAGCGCGAGCGCGCAUUAUGGCUGGAUCGCCUUUUGGCAGUUCUUCCCUGUCUGGACAGCGGGGCUGCAGUGGGUUCUGCGCAUGGUGUGCUAUAAUACCGUCGGGUCUAUCAAGCCCAAGGACGACGAGGGCAGGCCUACCUCGCCAGGGAAGGGAUACAUGGCGGCUGUGGGUAGUGUGUACCGUUUCGCUCUGACCCUGCUCGUCGGCGUGCACUUGCCUAUCCUCGGAUUGGCCGUCGCGCCGGCUGCGGCGCAUUCUUAUUUGGGAACUAAGUUCUCCGGCUACGCGGGCAUCUUUGAACGGGGCACUUUUACCAACGUCUUCGUCUCGCACCCGCCGUCGCAGCCGCCGACUGUGAUUCCCACCGGCUAUGCGAGCGGCGAUCUGUCACCUCUGUCGAUGCACUUCUUGCAGUACAACCUGUACGUGGCCAGUAUCCCCUUUCUGCUGUGGGCUAUUUAUCUGCAUCAAAUCACGCUCAAGAAGUCCAAUGUUGUCGGCAUCUUGAAGACGGUCGGGUUCUGGACCUUGGUCGGUGGGCCCACCGCGGCUGUUGUUGCGCUACUGUGGGAAAGGGAUGAGGUCGUGUUGGAGGGGGAGGAGUUUGACAAGAAGACAAACUAAGGACAAAGUCAUGCUUAGGCCGCGGUUGGAAUUUAUGUGUAAGUCACGCCUCGAUCCUGCGGGCAGGACAACAGCCAUCACUGAUGAAAACCACUCCAGGGGUUAUUGAUUAUGAAUUAUUCUAGGAUUUAUAACAAUGUAGAAAAUGCCUCAUGUGAGUAUUGUAGAUGCAUGCGUUGUAUCACUAUGAACAUAGGUACUUGCACCUAUGUCGUGCGUAGACGGUAGGUCGCUCGCUGUCUUCGAGGGCGGGUCUGACUGGGUGACAAAGACGGUAUAAAGCUUCGUGGGAACAUUCAUCCGAAUGCUGGUUGAUGGCAAUUUAUUAUCAAACUAAGUUAC